AUGACCGCCAUCCAAGCUGUCUUUAUUCGAGGCUACGAAGAGCGUACGUCCCCCAAACCACACAUAGUUUAUCGCAUCGACAUCCAAGCUCACGUCCGAUCAUGGCAAAUGUGGCGCCGCUAUUCCGAGUUCGAUGACCUCCACGCCGAGCUCACCAAAGCAACAGGGGUGCCCCCACCGUGCACGCUUCCACCCAAACACAAGUUUUCCAUCCUGCGUUCCCACACCAAUAACAAGGCCUUGGAGGAGCGACGCGUGGGACUAGAAGCCUAUCUACGGGCCAUCGUCAGUGCAAAGGAGGACAAAUGGCGAGAAACAUAUGCGUUCAAAGAGUUUCUGGGGGUGCCCAUUGGGAAACUGGGCAACGACGGGGCUGCUGCGCCGACCCAGUUCACGUCUGCGUCAUGGCUUGACGAACACGCAGAGCUGCAGGCGCGCCUGCGGGACGUGUGGGCGGAUAUCAACAGACGCGAUGCGCUCUCCGAUCGUGGGGAUGUCGUCUCGGCACACAAGAGCAACGUCGGGGCAAAAUCCAAACUGGCUGGUGUGCUAUCCCGGAUUGGUACGCUUGGACGCGGGCUGCAGGAGCUAGGAAUGGGUGGUAUGAGCGAGGGUGAACUGCAGCGGCGUACGGAUAUGGUCGCGCGCUUGCAGGAUGACUGCGAGAAGCUGAGUCGCGUUGUGUCGGUUGCCCGCCAGACAGGCAUGAGACCCGGGGGGACCACCUCUUCUGCUGCGGCUGCAGUUUCGUCAACGAGGCCGGCAGAAGCGGAUAGAGAAGCGUUGCUGGGUCCCGCAGCGACCAAGCCAGCCAGACGCGUCUUCGGUGCCCCGCCUCAGGAAACGGAGGUUACGCGUCCACUGGACAACGUCGGCCUGCUUAGCAUGCAGCAAACCCAGAUUCAACAACAGGAUAACCAACUCUCACAACUGACAACAAUCCUGCAGCGGCAAAGACACCUUGGGGAAGCUAUUGGAAGUGAGAUUGCUUUGCAGAUAGAGAUGCUAGACGAUCUAUCAGGUGAGGUGGACAGAGUUGGAGGCAAACUGCACUCUGCGAGCAAGCAGAUGAACAAAUUAUCAUGA